AUGCGAGGUGUUACAACAGAGUAUAGAGAGUCAUACUGUUGGAUAAAACCAUGCAAAUCAAGACGUGGUGAUAACUAUGAUGAUAUGAUUCGUAAAAAGAUCGACGGAACUUAUGAUGAAGACGAAAAUGGAUAUGAUAAUAACGGUUUAUCUGAUUCUUUCGAUGGAAACGGCAUGAAUUCUAGAAAUAAGAAUGGAAAUAACGGAAUCAACGGAAAUAAUGAAAAUGGAAAGUCAAAUAAUGGCUUUAUAGGAUUAUCUUUAGAAGAUUGCUUACCAGAUAAGACACCAAAGCCAAAGGAUAAGUCUCCCGUACCAACGCCAAUGACAAACGGAGGUAACGCAAACAAUACAAACGGAAAUGGCGCAGCCACAGAAGAAAAACCAAAAUCGUUUGGACGCAAGAGCCUUAUUUCUAAGAAGAAAUCAAAGAAAGCAUCACAAGAAUUCAACGAUAAAGCAUCAUCAAGAUCAGGAAGCAGUUUCUGCAACUUUGGACAAGGUAACAGCACAAGAUUAAAUCCUAAAUUUAACUACACAACAUAUAACGUCCAAGCAGGCGAUGGAAUCAAUCCAAAUACACUUAUUAGAACUGGUUGCCGCGGUAUUGUACGCUCAAAGUAUAGUAAGCCGUUAGAUUCACAAUCAGUUCAUAUGUACAGACCUGAGUUCUUUACAUCUGUUAAUGAUGCUCCUGAUGAUAUUAAGGAAGAGCUCCAAGGCCCAUUCUGGGUUUCUUGGCCAGAAAAUACUCCUCUUCCAGAUGAAUAUAUUGAACUCAAGCCUGUUCUUUCUCUCUAA